CAAGCCCCCCCAUACUCUUCAUAUGACGCACACACGUGAUCGUGACGCACGAACGAGCGAUUCCAUUUAUUUCUACCAGACAAGAUUUAUCCACGAAGCAUCAUACAUACAUUCGUGAGAAAUUAAGCUGGGAAAAUGGACCAGUGUGACUGUUCUAAAACUGGAUCUUGUAACUGCGGGCAAAACUGCAAAUGCACCAACUGCGCGUGCGCACAUGGCAAGAAAAACCCGGUAGGUUGCGGCAGUUGUCCAUCUGAAUGCAGUAAAAAGGGCACGAAAGACUGCGAGAGCGCGUGCAAGGACAAGGAGAAAUCGUGCGACACAAGAUGCUGCAAAUGAAAGGCUGUGAUAUGCGCUGUGACACUGUGCUCCUUUAAUAAUAAAAGCAAUUCUAUCGUGUA